CAGGCGCAUUUUGCUGACUGGUCUGUGAACGCGAGCUACGCGAGCACAAAGCACAACCGGUGCAAAGGCUUGCAAGCCAAUUAUACUUGCAAUUUGGUUAGAUAGCUAGGCGUGGCCUCGGUGACCCACGCUCCCGACCAAGCGGGGCCUAAGCAGCACCGCCGCCGGGUCAACGCACGCGCGGGGCGGCUUCUGUCCGCCUGCGCCCCCGGCAGCGGAAGACCCACGCAUCGCACCUCACAGCAGCGCGCUAGGGCUGGAUGGCUGAUGCUGGAGGCAUCCGCCGCUAGCUGGUGACACGCACCCACACGGACACAGCUACGUACGGAAUGGAGCGGCUGAGGUCGCACCCGCCGCUUCCGCGCACGGCGGGGGUGUAUCGCGAGGGGGAGCAGGGGGCGCAGGGGGCGCAGAAGGUGGAGGAGGGGCAGGAGGAGCAAGCGAGACAGGAGGCGCAGGAGGGGCGGGAGGAGCGUGCGGGCGCGACGGAGGCCGGCGGGCAUAGGGAGGCAGUAGCAGCGAAAGCAGUUGAGACCGCAGCCGCGGCUGCAGCUGAGGCUGCGGCGGAGGAGGGAGAUGUGGCAGGUGGAGUAGGGACGUGGGGGAACGGAGAGCUGGAGCGGCGCGGGCAGCAGCAACCCAGCAGCAGUGCGGGCGUGGCGGUGGCGGCUGGUGGCGGCGGCAGCAGCAGCAACAGCAGCAGCGCCGAUGUGGGUCAGGUCGCAGCGGCUGCUGAGUCAAUGGCGCCUGCGCCGCCGCCGGCUGUAGCAGCGCUGCUGCCUGCACCGCGGCGGAGCAGCGGCGGCUGCAGCUACCGCAGCUGCAGCAGUAGCGCCGAGCAGCCCAAGAACGGCAGUAGCAGCAACGCGGCUGAAGGCGGUGGCCGCCUCUACAUGCCCGGCUAUGAUGGCGUAUUCGGAAGCAUGCUACAGCUGCAGCCUCAUCAUGCCGCCGACAGUGCUGCUGCCGCGCCAAAUGACGGCGGCGACAGCGUUGGUGGCGGCGGCGGCGCCGCCAUUGCAGGGGUCGGCCGCCGUAAUACCGGUGCUGCCUCUGCUACCGCUGUCCCCGGUUGUGUCGGUGCGGGCGUGCCGCAACAGCCGUCCGCAGCAGUGGCGGCGGCGCGGCCUGGGCUGCUGCCAGAGACUCCAGCGGCGGGUGAACAGCACGCGGCAGUGGCAGUAGCAGCAGCAGCGCCCGCCGCCGUGAUUCAUGUGGUGCGGCAUGGCACUGGCAGUAGCACAUACCAGCACGGCAGUAGUAGUGGCGUGCUGGGCAGUAGCAGUGAGGCGGCGGCGGCGGUGGGGCUGCUACAGCCGCAGCAGUACGGCGAGCAGUCAAGUGGACGGCAGGCGCCUGAAUCACCCACGGCUGUAGCAGCGGCGGCGCUGGCGGAGGCGUUGCUCGCGCCCGACUCCGAUUCCGAACUGGAUCCGGGUUUGGAUCCAGCCAGUGAUGACGACGGGGCUGGUGGGGCAGUGCUGCUGGACGGUGGGGAAUACGAGGCGGUGGCGGCAGAUGAUGAGUCGGCAGCAGCAGCAGCAGCGAGUGCUACAGCCGCGCCACCAUCAGCCGCGGCUCCUGCUACAGCCGCUACUGCCGCCACCACUGCAGCAGUGAAGUCCUCCGCUGCUGCUACAGCCGCAACCGCCAUGGAGUCUGCCUUCUCCAGCGCCUCACCUCUGCUAGCGAUGUCGCCAAGGGAGGAGGACGACGUCUUUGUGGAAGCGGCGCCGCCGCCGCCACCGCUGCUGCCGUCUUUCUUUGCCGCUGCUACUCCUGCGGUCGGCGCCGGCGGCAUUGGAGCAGAUGGUGGUGGUGGCGGCGGUGGGCUCGUUAGCGCUCAGGGCUGCUGCACCACCCUCAUCCAGCGGCCGCCGGCAGACACACGGGCCAGUCGCGCCCAGCUCCCCGCCGAUUAUGAUGCACGUGCCUGGCGGUUGCUGCUGCGGAUGGCGGCGGCGGCGGCGGCGUUUGCGGCGUUUGCGGCGGCGGUGGCGGCGGCGCUGGUGGCUUUAGUAGGCUGGCGGCGGCUUGGGUGGCUGGUGGCGGGGGCGGAGCUGGCGUUUGCGGUGUACUUCCGACACCGCUACGCGGCCCUGAACGCCACUCCGCCGCCGCAGCACCACCGGCCCGAGCGCCACGACGGCCUGGCCGCAUUCCACCGCCUGUUGCAGAUCAUCCGCUGCUGCCCCGCCUCCUUCCUGGACCCAGCCGACUUCCUCAGCCCCUGGUUCUGUGGCGCACCCACAUCGCGAAUAAAGCAGGGCAAUCUGGCGGACCUGAUUGCGUACGGCUUCUUCUACAAGAGCAGGCACGGCAUGGAGGCUGCGGGUCAGGGCGGCCUGCUGCGUCAGUGCGUCAUCGAGCUGCAGGCGGCUCUGCGCAUCUCGGUGCCGCCGGGCCGCACUCCCGGUCUGAGGUGCAUGUACCACCUGUGGGAGCCGCUCAGGGCGGCGUACAGGCCGCUGGUGUUCUACGCAGCCACUGAGGCCCUGGCCCUGUUCACCCGACUGCAGCUGUCCUGGGGCCUGGGCGCCGGCCUGCGGCACGACGCCACCGCCGCCCCGGGGGGUCUGCUGCUGGCGGCGGCGGGGGACCCGGCACUGCGGGACCGGCUGACAGCGGCGGCGGCGGCGGCAGUGGGGGCGGAUGAAGUGAACGAGAUAGGAGACCAGGAGGAAAGCAGCGGCGGCGGCGGCGGCGGCUGCUUCGCCGCAGCCCCUGCCCCCACUGGCAGUAGCACCGGCAGCACUGCUACUGCCGCCGCCCCUGGCGGCCCCACGCCUGUGCUGCUGCUGCAUGGGGUGGGGGUGGGCCUGCUGUCCACCAUCAACCUCAUGCGCUGCCUGCUGGCCGCGCACGUGCCGGUUGUGGCUGUGGAGUACAAGCACGUGUCACUGCGGCUGUGCUCCAUCAUCCCCUCCGCCGACGACAUCGCGGCGGGCUGUGUGGCCCUGAUGGACGCGCUGGGGCUGGGCCAGGUGUGUGUGGUGGGUCACAGCUACGGCACCUUUGUGGCCUCACGACUGGCUCAGAGCCACCCGGGCCGCCUACAGAGCCUGGCACUGCUGGACCCAGUGUGCUUCGGUAUGUUCAUGCCCCACCUGCUGUCCAGCUUCCUGUACCGCCCGGCCCGCACCUCCGACCUGCGGUCCUGGAUCGAGGACAUGGCUGUGUCCUUCAUCGCCCGUGACCUGCACUGCGCCGCCGCCCUGUGCCGCCGCUUCUACUGGAGCGAUCUCAACCUGUGGCCGCAGGACAUGCCGGGUCGUACGCUGGUGGCUCUGGGCGGCCGCGACCAACUCAUCAACCCCCAGGCGGUGUUGGAGUUUGUGGGCCCCUACGCGGCCAAGGUGCUUCACCACCCACACCACAGCCACGCACAGCUGCUGCUGGACCCGGCCUGGCACCAGCAGGUCGUGGCUGACGUAGUGGGCAUGGCGGCGGCGGGCGGCGGCGCGGCGGGCGCUCGCGAGGUGCGCCGCCGCCUCACCACCGCAGUCAUGCCGCUACAGCUACAGCCAUCGCGGCAGCAGCAGCAGCAGCAGCAGCAGCUACAGCCGCCUAAGACGCAAGCGACGAACGUGCUACAGCCGCCGCCGCCGCUGCAGCCAGGCACGCCCGAGAUGGAGGCGGCGGCUGUGGGCGCCAUGGGCGCAGCCGUGGGCGGCGGCGGCGGCAGUAGCAUCGGCAGCAGUAGCAUCGGCAGCAGUAGCAACGGCAGCCCGCGUAAGCAGGUGGAAGGGCUGCAACUGCAGCGACUGCGGUCGCUGCUGCUGCGUGAGCCUCCGCCGCCUGCUACUGCCGCCACUACUGCCACAACCGCUGCUGCUACAGCCAGUCCUGUGGGAGGCGUCCGGCGGCUGCGCCCCAGCUGGAGCCUGCAUCGCCAGGCUACCAUGGCGACGACGGCAGCAGCUGGCAGUAGCAGUAGCAGCAGCGGCGGCGGUGGCAGUAGCAGCCGCGACGCACCGCUACUGCGCGACAAGCUCCUGAACCGUGUUACAGAAGAGGAGCAGCCGUCGCCGGCGGGGAGUGGCGGCGGCGGGAGUGGCGGCGGCGGCUCCGGGUCAGCAGCAGCAGCGGCGGGGGGAACCAGCCUCAUUGGUGAUGCGGCGGCCAGCAGUAGCAGUAGCAGCGGCAUCAGCGGCGGCGGCAGUAGCAAGCCGCGGAUCCUGAUGCCUCCGCAGCGCCGCGCGCACACAAUUGCCGUCUCGGAAGCGACGCGCUUGACGGCGGCGGCGGCGGCGGCGGCGGCGGCGGCGCCGGCGCCGGCAGGGCCGUCCGAGAUGGCGGAGUUAGCGGCGGGUGCAGCGGUUGCGGGUGCGGGUACGAGGGCAGCAGAAGAGGCGCGGCCGGCGCGGCCGCCGGCUGCUGCUGAGGAGGAGCAGAGGAGGAGUAUGAUGGUGGUGGCAGAGCCUGCCGCGACCGGCGGUGCGGCAGCAGCAGAGGAGGAGAGGCUGCUGGCCUUGUUUGGCGGCGGCGGCGGCGGUGGCGGCGAUGAGCCUGAGGACCACGAUGAGGACCCUGAGGAGGACUUGGAGGCCGUCGCUGCGGCCCUGCGGCUGCAGAUUGCGCAGCGCCGCCACCACACCACAUCAUCAUCGUCAUCGUCAUCACUGCUGCCGCCGCCUCCUAUCAUCAGGGAUGUGACACCGGAGCCAGAGGAGGAGAUUCCAUGGGUGGUGCCGCCGCCUGCUCGGCCCAGGGCCCUGCCAGGGAGCGACAGGGGUGGACUGCGGCGUCUGCCGCCGCAGCCGCAGGCACAGCCGCAGGAGCAGGAGCAGGAGCGGGCGGCCACGGCAGCCGCCGCGGACACUGCUGCUGCUCAUCUGCCAGACACCGCCACCGCUGCCGCCGCCGCCAGUACUCGUGGUAGUGGUGGUGGUAGUGCCACCGCCGGCCGGAAACUGCUGCAACAGCUGCAACAGCUGCAACAGCUGCAACAGCUGCAACAGCUGCAACAGCUGCAACAGCUGCAGCGGCGACUGAGCGCCACGACCACUCUGGAGCUGAGCGCCCCGCCCGGCUCCCGCGAGCGGCUGUUGCUGGAGCUGGCGAGUCUGGGCCUCAACCGGGCAGGCCUGCUGCAGCAGCAACACCACAAGCACCAGCACCUGCAACACCUGCAACAGCAGCAGCAACACCAGCAGCAGCAACAGCAGCAGCAGCAGCAGCAGCAGCACAGGCGGCGGCCGGGGGCGGCGGCGGCGGCAGCAGGGGCGGCGCAACAGCUGACGGGGCGAGGUUCGUGGCCGCCGAUGCUGGAAACCGUCCCGUCAGCAACAGCAGAAGCAGAAGCAGGAGAGACGAACGCGGCUGCUGCAGCAAUGGACGGUGGCAGUGCUGCUGCCGGCAGUGGCGGUAGGGGCAGCGGCGGCGGCGAGGUUGUAGCUGCUACUGCCGCCGCGAUGCCGCCGCAAGCACAAGCGCGGCGGCAGGUGUUUGAACACGCUGUCAGUGCGCGGCGGUGCUUCACUGAGACCGAGAUUGACGCGUUCUGCCUCUAGUUCGACUCAGCAGGCGCAUGUGGCGCAUGCAAGUAUUGCUGGAAUAAUGGGAGUAGUUGUGAAUAGGCAGUAGUCACGCACGCCUGGGCGGCGGCGGGCAGUUGCCGUACGUGUUGCUGCGCUCAGCAGGUUGGUUGCCGUACUCUGAACCCAUGAACUGUUCCUUACGAGUUAUGCGUGUGCAUGUCUGUAGGCUGUAGCCACCGCAAUUUGAUCGCUGCAUUGGUCUGCGUUAGGACUUGCAGAGCCCUCGCUCGUAUUGAAACUGAUGCAACUGCUCGGCUGGGUUAUUAUUCGCGCAGCACAUUGAUUGCGCUUAUUGUUGUGUGCACUGCAUCCUUAGCUUACGCUCCCUAUCAAUGACAACUAACGGCAUCUUUGCUAUCUAGUAGUAGUAGCUAGCCAUGUAGACAAUACGUGAGGGUGUAGAUGCACUUAGAAGCACUAGUUGCAAGUAUGGCGCAUGGUUGCGCCAGGUGCUCCAAGCAUAUGAUGCGUACCACAUGCACGCACCUGGAUGGAUGGAAGGGGCAGGCGGCCAUGUUUGCUUUUGAAGUUUAGACUACUCCCUGAGACUGCUACAUACCUGAGUCAUGUAUGCAUGCAUGUUGCAGCAUGCACCCUACUACUGUGCAUGUAAGGCUAUGCAGCU